AUUGCAUUCUGAUAUUUUAUAACAUCAAUCAAUUUUGGAAAAGUGUUCUUAGAAUCUAAAUUUAAUUCCUUGCUGAAUUACUAGAUGACGCCAGAUUUCAUUUGAAACAUAUCUAACCACAUCUACCUUAUCCAACUUGCGUUGAAACGGUGCGAGCAACGUGGAUGUGAAAUAAAAAAAAAAAAAAAAUCAAUGUUUCUUUGUGUGUAAAUUUAGUAUUACAAGAAAAAAAAGAUGGUUUCGAAGACUGAACAAAUAUCUGCAUUUGCUGCAUAUGCAAUGAAACGUAAAAAUGCAGAUCCAUCGUUACAGUCACAAAAAUUACAAAAGAAGACACACUCAAAUGUGAAAGAAAAAAAUUUGGUUCGAAUUGCCAAUAAGCAAAAAGAAAUGUUAUCAUUGCCUGGCCAUGGGACUAUUAACAAAAAUCAUAAAAAAUCUUCUUCAUCGAAAACUCAUAGUCCUACAAUUAAAAAAAAUAUUAAUACCAAUGAAUCGAAUAGUUUGAUAAUAUCAAAAUAUAAAAAGUCUAAGUGUAAUAAAAAUAAGAAAAAGAAGAAGAAAAAGUUAUUAUCAGCCAAUGAUUUCUUUAGCAAUGACACGACAAUGACCAACUUGGAAAAUUCUUCUUCUGUAUCGGACAGUAUUAAUAAUUUACAAAUGAAUCAAUUGAGAGAGGAAGAAUCGAAGAUAAAUAGAAAGGAAAAGAAAGUGAAGAGAAAGAAAAAAUUGCAACCGACAAAAAAUAAUAGUAGCAGUAUUAAUUAUGAUGUGGUACAUGAUAAUUUUUUAAAAGAUCCCGUAAUAAAAAGUAAAUUGUUGUUUGAAUGGUUGAUACACCCUUUAAAGAUUGAUAAGUUUUUUGAGUCGAAUUGGGAAAAAACUCCUGUCCAUAUAAAGAGAAAUAAUUGUAAUUAUUACAAGGUUCUCAUGUCAACACCAAUACUUGAUAAAAUAUUAAGAGAACAUUAUAUAUUAUUUACAAAGAAUAUCGAUAUUACAUCAUACUUUAAUGGUACAAGAGAAACUCAUAAUCCUUCUGGUCGUGCCGUUCCUACUGUUGUUUGGGAUUAUUAUUUAAAUGGUUGUUCGGUGAGAAUGUUAAAUCCUCAAACCUUUUUACCUAGGCUCCAUACAUUAAAUGCGACUCUUCAAGAAUAUUUUGGAUGUUUCGUUGGUGCAAAUUCUUAUUUGACACCACCUGAUAGCCAAGGUUUUGCGCCGCAUUAUGAUGACAUAGAAGCUUUCAUAUUGCAAAUUGAAGGAAAGAAAAGAUGGAGGCUAUAUAAAUCAUCAAAAAUAAGCGACUAUUUGCCGAGAUAUUCGUCGAAAGAUUUUGAUCAGUCAGAAUUAGGAAAGCCUAUUUUAGAUACGGUAGUAGAAGCGGGAGAUCUUUUGUAUCUUCCACGUGGAACGAUACAUCAAGGAGAAACGAUUGAUAACAGUCAUAGUUUGCACGUUACUUUGAGUGUUUAUCAAAAAAAUAGUUGGGGUGAUUUCUUAGAGAAAUUGCUUCCAGAUGCACUGGAAAAAGCAAUUGCGAAUGAUAGUCAUUUUCGUGAAGGAUUGCCUCUUGAUUAUUUAAAAUAUCUUGGUUUUGUACAUUCUAAAAAUAAAUCUAAUUAUAGAAAGUCCUUCAGAGAAAAUAUCAAAUAUUUACUUAAUCGUAUUGUAGAACAUAUCGAUAUAGACAAAGCAGCUGACGAAAUGGCAAAAAAUCAUAUUCAUGAUUUCUUGCCACCUGUCCUUGUAGAUUAUGAACGACAAUGUUCUAUAGCCCAAGAUGGAGAAAGAAUGACAAAGGAAGGAAUCGUAGAAAAUCGAGUGGAAAUUGAGCCCGAUACGAAAAUACGAUUAUUAAGAUCUCAUUGUAUAAGAUUGGUACAAGAGUCAGACACAUAUAGGAUAUAUUAUUCUUGUGAAAAUUCCAAGGAAUAUCACGAAUACGAACCACAAUUUUUAGAAGUUGGAGAAGAAUUCGUGCCCGCUAUAAAAGAAAUAAUAUAUCGUUUUCCCAAAUUUAUAAGAGUUGAAGAAUUACCAAUUACUGGGGAAGAUAAUAAAAUUCAAAUAGUAAGAGAUCUUUGGGAGAAAGGUAUUUUAAUAACGAAAGAUCCCUUAUACAUAUUGGAAUGAGCAUACAAAUAAUAAGUAAAUCAUUUUAUGUGGAGAAUCUCGAUUUUGUUCUUCUUUCCCAUUUUUCUUUUUUUUUUUUUUUUUUUUUUUUUUUUUUUUUUUAUUUUUUUUUUAUUUUUUUUUUAUUUUUUUUUUAUUUUUAUUAACGUUUAUCUUACAAUUAGACGUCAAUCACAUGUUUUAUCCUUUAUUUUUAUCAUCGAGAACGAUCAAAGUCAUAUAUAAAAAUUAUACAUUUAAAUAUUUAAUUAUGCAACUGGCACACAGUUAUAAAUACAAAAAUUGUCUAACUAAAAAUAUUUUAAUAUUAUCUACGGAAUAUAAUAUUUCUGAUGAUAGUGCUUAAAGUCAUAUUCAAUGUUAUAAAAGAGAUACGUGUGAAUCGUCGAUUUUAAAGAAUAUUUAUAUUUACGAAUGAGCAUGGUCGUCCUUUUAUUUUUUAAUAUUAUUUCUACCAAUUCUUUUUGCUUGCGUAAUAUGAUCCUUUCGCCUUCCCAAAACAAAUUCAACGUAUCCUAAAUAACCAUCAUUAUCCAAAUCAUCUUCUUCCAAUACUCUGUCUAUAAAACCUUAUAAUAUAAAAAAUAUAAUUUUAUAGAGUUAAGAAUAAUCAUUGUAAAAAUCGUGAUCUAAAUCUAUCCUUUUUUUUUCUUUUACCUACGAUCCGUGGCAAUUCGUCUUCUUGUAUUUGUGGCUCAUCAUCCACAAAACUUCUACCAUCUUCAUCGACCACAUUAUGUUCGUGAAAUGUAUGUUGAAUGGCAUGAAGAAUUUCAAGGCCAUCUAAUUUUGUAUUAUUAUCGAUAUCGUGCACUCUACAAUUAAAAUAUACUAAUCUAAGUUCUCUACGAAUUGUAUAACGAUACUUCAUUCGAAAUAAUCCGAAAGAUCAUACUUGAAGUAAUGGAAUUCAAUCUCCUGUUCGCUCAUUUUCGAAAAAUCAAGCUGGGACGCUAUCGGUCCCAUGUCUUCCUUCAAGUGACUAAAAACGAUAAAACUUUUAAGCAUGUUUCGUGAAAGAUAAAAGAUAUCAUUCGUAUUAUUAUAACAAAUAUUUAUGAAAAACUAACGUGGCAUCGUGAAGCAAUUCUGUAUCUUGCGUCAAUUUAACACCUUUAUGAGGCGAGUAAUGAUGAUGAGAAACGGAGCUUCUUGGAUGAUGUGGACCACGUAAUCCAACCGCAGAAGCGAUACAUAGACCGAGGAAAAAUGCUAACACCAUUUGACAGUCUGAAACACUUGAAUGAAAGUGAAACAUCAGCGGAUCAAGAGAACCAGCAAAGUCAUUCGUUAAAGAAACAUCUAGAGAUUCGCUUAAGCAUCAUUUUGAUUAAAUCAGCAAUUUGGAUAGGUACGAUCAAUUUCUAUCAUCGUUUCUUUCCUAAUGUUCAUUGAUCAGCAAAAGUUCAUAAGAACCAAGGGGUAGGAUCGACAUUGGACGACAUUCCGAUUACGUCCAGACGACAAUAGGACCUGCUGGGUGGGUCACGUUUAUCGGACAUGUUGCCCUAGAAGCAUCUACUAUUCGUUCUCGAAGGGGUCGAAUACCCCCUUGGCUAGCGACAGAUGGACGGUAGAGGGGGUCCCGAUAAUUAUUAUGCGAUUACCCACAAGCCCAUUGAUUUAGUUUGAACCCCCCCAGGGAAUAUGGUACUUGUACUCUGCUCUUAUCAUAAGUUACAAUUAAACUUGAUAUUUUUUAUUUCGACGAAAUUUUAUUCAUAUUGAAAUAGAACGAUAACCGAUCGAAAGAAGGAUAUUAUUAUCUUAUGUCUACCAUAUUAUUAGGAUAAUUUUAAUGUAAUAAUCCUUGUAAAUCGUAUUUUAGAAUUGUCCCGAAAUGUUAAAUAAAAGAAAUAUUUUCAAAUGCA